UCUACGACCGUAUCCCUCACAGCUCAACACCCCAUCUCCCAAACCACUAAAUAAAAGUCCUCCCCAUCAUACCGUCAUUCAUCUCCAUCUCGAUACCAAUCCCAUCAACUUCUGCAUCCCCCUAGACAGAUAAACCAGUCUUACUACAACUUAUCACCCCACCACAUAACCAGCCUUCUGAUAAACAGCCAUGGCAUCCUUAGAAGACCUCGAUGACCUCGAGAGAGAGAGAGACCAAGACAAGAAGGCAGCAAAGGAUAAAGGGGGCUCUGACGGUGAUACAAAGAUGUCGGUCGAUGGCGAUAAGGAUGACGACGAAAUCGACCCGGAGGUCCUGAACGGUUCUACCACAGACAUUAUUUAUCGAAAACGCCUUCUGGAGAAUGACCUCAGGGUUAUGAGACAGGAGUACACGAGGCUCACGCAUGAGAAGAGUAGCACCAAGGAGAAGAUAAAGGAUAACUUGGACAAGAUUGAGAAUAACCGGUUUGCUUCACCCCACUUUAGUUCUCUUCAAGCAUUUAUUAAGCGUUAUUAAUUGUCUAUUCUGUAUGAUUUAUCAGACAACUGCCAUACCUAGUAGGCAACGUCGUCGAGCUCUUGGAUAUGGACCCAACCGCGGAGGCAGCUGAGGAUGGAGCCAACGUGGACCUCGAUGCAACGCGGGCGGGCAAAUCUGCUGUUAUCAAGACCUCUACACGGCAGACUAUCUUUUUGCCCCUAAUCGGCCUUGUGGAUCCCGAGAAGCUUAGCCCGGGUGAUCUGAUUGGGGUUAAUAAGGACAGCUACCUAGUUCUUGACACCCUACCAGCAGAAUACGAUUCGAGAGUGAAAGCGAUGGAAGUUGACGAGAAACCCACAGAAACGUACGGUGAUAUCGGUGGGUUAGACAAGCAAAUUGGAGAAUUAGUGGAAGCUGUAGUCAUGCCGAUGGAGGAAGCAGAGCGGUUUAAGAAGAUUGGAAUCAAGCCACCCAAAGGUACAUCACCCUCUCUUCGAUCGCCCCUCACACUGACCCAAAGUGGUGGAACAGGAGCACUAAUGUACGGCCCCCCCGGAACCGGUAAAACUCUCCUCGCCCGAGCCUGCGCCGCCCAAUCCAAAGCCACCUUUUUAAAAAUCGCUGGCCCACAACUAGUCCAGAUGUUUAUUGGCGAUGGCGCGAAGCUCGUCCGGGACGCCUUCGCCCUAGCUAAGGAGAAGGCCCCUACAAUAAUCUUCAUCGACGAGCUGGAUGCAGUGGGUACCAAGCGCUUCGACAGCGAAAAGUCCGGCGACCGUGAAGUCCAGCGGACGAUGUUGGAGCUGCUCAAUCAGCUAGACGGCUUCUCGUCCGAUGACCGCGUCAAGGUCCUCGCAGCUACUAACCGCGUGGAUGUGCUCGACCCCGCACUUCUCAGAUCCGGCCGUCUCGAUCGUAAGAUUGAGUUCCCGCUCCCGAACGAGGAGGCCCGUGCCGGCAUUCUUAAAAUUCACAGCAGGAAAAUGACGGUUGAGGAGGGUGUCAAUUGGACAGAACUUGCUCGCAGUACUGACGAGUUUGGUGGCGCCCAAUUGAAGGCUGUCUGUGUUGAGGCAGGUAUGAUCGCUCUCAGGAGUGGGAGGACCAAAGUCUCGCACGAGCAUUACGUAGAUGCGAUUGCGGAGGUGCAGGCCAAGAAGAAGGAUACCGUAAGUUCUUUGAAUCACACUGUUAGACAUUUCCCGGUGAGUGCUCAUCAUUAUCAUCGCAGGUCAACUUUUACGCCUAGAGACAGCGUAUUGGAUAGCGAAUGGAUGGAUGGAUUGACGGAAAAAACUUCUUUCUCGCUACCUUACCUUCGCCAUCUCACUAUCUUGUAACCUCUCAUCUCCGUCACACCUGCCGUAGACAAAAUGAUGUUCUUGUA